AAUCGUGUCCUUUGAUCCUGGAUGAUGGGCAGGCCCCUCGACCAAUACUGAUGAGAAAACCUUGAAGUCUGCCCAACGAUCGUGGGCAGAAGGCGGUCCUGCUUUGUUGGGGCGUGAGUGUGUGUGUGUGCCCGUGUGUGUGCCGUGUGUGAGUGUAUAUGUGUGUGUGCCUGGGGGUACUGAGGGCUACGUGGGGGCGAAGCAGAACUUGCCAUGGCAGCAGCAGAGGAAGAGGACGGGGGCCCCGAAGGGCCAAAUCGCGAGCGGGGCGGGGCGAGCGCGACCUUCGAAUGUAAUAUAUGUUUGGAGACAGCUCGCGAAGCUGUGGUCAGCGUGUGUGGCCACCUCUAUUGUUGGCCCUGUCUCCAUCAGUGGCUGGAGACACGGCCAGACCGGCAAGAAUGCCCGGUGUGUAAAGCCGGAAUAAGCAGGGAGAAGGUCGUCCCUCUUUAUGGUCGAGGGAGCCAGAAGCCACAGGAUCCCAGAUUGAAAACCCCACCCCGCCCUCAGGGCCAGCGGCCAGCUCCGGAGAGCAGAGGGGGGUUCCAGCCAUUCGGUGAUGCAGGGGGAUUUCACUUCUCCUUUGGUGUUGGCGCCUUCCCCUUUGGCUUCUUUACCACCGUGUUCAAUGCCCACGAGCCUUUCCGAAGGGGUGCAGGUAAGAAUUUUCCCUUGGCUCCCACCGGGGUCCUCUCCUGGCCCUACAAGGUUGUGAAGCUUUCCUUUCCCCUACAGGUGUGGAUCUGGGGCAGGGUCACCCAGCCUCCAGCUGGCAAGAUUCCUUGUUCCUGUUCCUCGCCAUCUUUUUCUUUUUCUGGCUGCUCAGUAUUUGAGCCGCAUCUCCUCCCUGCCCACCUCCAGCUAGAGGAGAAUCAGUAUUGGGAGUCCCUUGCUGGCCCUUCCUUGCUUCCGGACCACCCUCUUACUUCCAUGACCCAUCUCUUUGCCGAGGCCUCUUUCGGGAGGACGUGGGGAGGAGUGAGCAGUAUGCUUACCAUGGGAGUGCCUGCUGCUGUGUACUGCUGGCCCAGUAGCACAGACACGCCCAGCCUGGAGGACUAGACAGGUGUCUGGUUCUCCCCUCUCCCAAGCCUUUGCUUUCCCCAAGAUUUCUUGAUUUGGUGUUUAAAGGUGGGCUCUCCCCAACUCCUCCACUCGACUUAAUUUAAUUUUUCUCUCCACACUGUCUAAUAUGAAUUUUGACUCUUUUAAGUGUCUCUUUCCACCCCUCACUACCUCCUUUAUUACAAAUUCAAAUAAUAAUAAUAAUAAUAAUGAUAAUAAUAAUAAAUGAAAUGCAUUGCUGGGAA